UUAGAUCUAUUUUUUAAAAAAUCACACAUGAAUGAAGGUUGUGACUUAUGUUUUAAUAUAUAAGAUUAUAUUUUUAAUAAACAUGAAAACUCUAAAAAAUGUUACUUUCGGAAAAAGAAAGAGUAUAUAAUUACGGAAAUAAAUGUGGAUUCAUGAUCUCUCUCUCCAAGUGUUCAAGAAUGAGAGAGAGGGAGAGAUCUUAAGAAAGCUCAAAACAUGGAGUUUUAAAAUUCCUUAAAUCCCUAGAACUUUUCUCACGACGAAACAAGAGGCGAUUUCAUCUCAGAUUUACUUCCCUUUAACCUUUCCGAUUUUUAAUGAUUUUAUUUCUUUCUCCUUUUGCCACAAAUUUUCUCCACCACUUUUUUUCUUACAUAAAUUGCACUCAAUCAUUUCUCCGUGUAUAAAAUGAUAACCUAGAAAUAAGUACGUAAAAGUAAGAAAGGAAAAGGAAAGAAAAAUGUUUAGCAAGACAAGCAGCAGAAACUAUGAAGAUGAUUACUCUGGUUCGUGUCUGAAAAAACAGAAGCGUGAUGACACUGGAAGAAGAAGAGUUCCUCGAAGAGGUCCUGGUGUUGCCGAACUCGAACAGAUCCGUCUCGAAGAGCAACAAAUCUCUACAGCUUCACCACUUCCUCCACCAGAAAAACCUCCGUCGGUGGGGAUUAUUCCUACCACCACGAAGAGAACCGGUCCGGUUUACCCGUUCUCGUCUUAUUUGUCAACCGGAUCUUUCCCGGAUGAUUUAAUUCCACCACCUCCAGUGUUUCAGAGGAAUCACGAUGAAUCCUUUAACACUCUCCCACCGAUGAAUCUACCAAAUCCACGAUGUUAUCAGUUUAUAGAGCCCCCUUCAAACCAAACAUCUUACCAACACAAUGUCUCUCCUUUUCCAGAAAAAGAAAAGAUCCUGUCUUCAAAAGGGCCAUCGCAAUUUAUCGCAGAAACUAGGAAAUGUAACGUUCGACCGACCCUAACUAUCCCAAGAGAUGGUAAGCAAAUCAAGUCACUAGACCAAAAAUUGAAAAUUCAUUUUCAAGAUUCUGGAACCACAAUUAGAUAUCCAAUCACCACUGAUUCUCCUUCACCAGCAACUCUUCUUACACAACCAAUUAUGCCAAAUUUUUCACUCGAUUUCCCGCAUUUUAUACAUAAGGAGGGGUUUAAUCAUGACAUCAUGCCACAAAGGAACGGUACUGAUAUUUCCUCAAGCAGAAAACCGUUCUACAGCUUCUUGCCCGCAAAUGAGCAGAGAACUCGCUACCAAGAUCUAUCAUUUCGCUUGAAAACUGAGAGCACUGAUCACGGCAUUGAUCUUCGCCUUAUGUUAUAAAAACUGAUUUUCUAGGCAAAUUUCAAAAACUUAAUUUGAAUCUUUUUCAGUUUGUAGUUUCCGAUAUAUUAAAAAAAUAUCUGUGUGCCAAAGGUUUGGCUUUGUUUCUUCUCGAAUAGCCAAAAAUGAUGCAAGUGAAAAAAAUCUCCUUAUGGCUACUUCCACCUCCAAGAUUAAUAAUCUAUAUUGCGUACAUUCUUAAUUAUAUAAUAUUCGAAUGUUUACACCAAUUAGAAUUAUAACGUAGAACAUGAACAAGUUUGAAAACUUGUAGAGACAGCUCUUAACUAGAGACUUCAGAAAUGGAGAUAGAAAAGGAGAAGAGAUAAAGUCGAGACUCGAGAGCAAAGGCUAACACACAUAUCCAAAACGGGUAAGUCGACCUCACUAGCUGAAAUGUCUAUUAUAAAGCCAACGAUCAUAACAAUGAUAACUUCAAUAGAAUAAUCCCACGUCAAUCCUAUACAAUCGUCAAUAUACUUGAAAUUCUAAUCAAAUUUUGCAGUGUAACGUCAUUGUAAAUACACACACAAACAAAAAACUACUUUACGUACUUUUGAAUUUUGAGUAUCGAUAUCAACGUUUUAAUCAAUGGUGUUUGAAAAAGCUAACACUACAAGAAUUGUCCAAAACAGUUGCGGAUGGGCGACAGGAUUCUCGUAGUCAUGGCUACUAACUAUGCAAAUAACGAGAGAUGGCAAUUACUUUAUGGGAAUUUGCAUUGUAUGAAGCAAAAUAAAAUUAUAAUUCACCAUCUAACAAAUUAACCUGACUUCCACACAUAUACCAUAUAUUUUAGAUAAUAUUACAGUUAUAUCCUUCUCCACAACCGGCGUAACCUGCAACAAAAAUUAAAUAAACUAAUAAUUGGUCAAUAGAAAAAAUAAAGCACGGCCUCACGGUUUUCACACAUCACUCUUUGAUAAGUUUUUAUUUGUUAAAUCGGAGGAGAAUGUGGAUUCUUUCGUUGACGGAAACUGCAACGCCAUCGAUUUCCAUGGAGACGUUUUGUUGAGAAGAAGACCAUUUUCGAAAGCUCGGUCGGUAACGAAAAGGAGAGGCUUCUUGGAUUCUGAAAGUGACGGCCGUGUGAGAAUGACGGAAUGGGAGGGGCGGCAUCAUGAGUUAAUGCUUGAAGGUGGACCUGUAAAUAUGUGGUCGUGUCAUAAAAAAGAGAGAUGAUGGCUCAUCGACUUUAUGUGGUGGUGAAAAUAAUGAUGGUGGAUCAGUAAGUGUGUAUCACCAUGUCUUCAAAAUAGAGGAGGUGAGGAAGAUGAAGUCGCCAACUAUACUAUGUAUAGAAGGUCCAUACCAUUUUAUAAAGGGUACAUACUAUGUAUUAUAUAUUGUACAUGAAAAACAAAAUAUUAUAAAAUAUUAUAUAUUUCAGAUUUUGAUUUUAUUUUAAAUAUAUAUUAUAUUUUAUAUUUGGGUUUAGGAUUCAGUGGCUAGAAUUUAGAGUUUAGUGAUUAUGAGUUGGGGUUGGGAUAGAGUUUUAGUAUUUAGGGGUUGAGAGUAGAAUUAGGGUCCUAUACUAUUUUGGCUAUAUGAAAUAGAAUACUAUUAAACUAAUUUAGAAUAAAAAUGUGAUUUUACGGUGAAUAUGCAUGUAUUAUGUUUUCAAGUUGUAUCAUUGAUAUGAAUAUUGGUUGCGUUAACUACACCGACACAAGUGAUUUACAAACUCAAAAUAUCAUUUCAUUAACCACAUCCACAUAUAUAUAUAUAUAUAUAUAUAUAUAACAAACUAAUUUUAUUUAAAAUAUUAUAACUAUAUAUCAUAGUUUAUAUUUGUGUUUAGGUUUAGUGAUUGGAGUUUAGGGUUUAGUAUUUAGGGGUCGGGUUGGGAUUGGAGUAAUGUUAAGGAUUUAUGGGUUAUGUGUCGUACCAUCAGUUCCAUCACCUAUACUAUUUUGGUGAUAAAAGUUGUUCUUCCCCUUAUCAUGCGGUCCACCGGGGGGACUUAGCAGUCGAAUAUUAUGCUCAUGAUCGUCAACGUCUAUUCCACCAGUCUCAAAUAUAAUUGUUUUGGGACCAAGUAGUCAUGUACUACUUUAAAGGUAUGGAACAAAACAUUCAAAAACUUCCAGACCGUGUUUGUGCCUUUCGGUUCAUUUGUGUUGCUCGGUUCGUUUUAGGCACAGUCAGUUGUAGAGAUCCCAAACUUGUGCCAUUCAUCAUCUAAGAUGGACGUAAUACAUAUGCAAUAACUAGAUUGUAAAUAACGUGGGUGGCUGGCUUCGCAGGUGAAUAGUGCUAAUUAAUUUUUGUCCAUAUCUUGCGUCGUAGACGUGAUCCUUUCUCUUCUUUGUUAACUGGGUACUUGCAGAUGAAAAAGGUAUAAUCGGCUAAUAUGUGAACACAAAUGUUAGUUUGUUAGUUAUGUUAAAAUCAUUGCUAUCUACUUAAUAUUACUUCUAAAUUUGGUUAGAUAGCAAAUAAGCCAUUACUUUAUCUAGCUAAGUAAAAAAAAUUACAGUUUGAGGCAAUUAGUUGUUAUAGCCGUACAGAAAAAGUUGGUGUGUUUCUUCAAAUCUUAUAGCCGUACAGAAAACGUUUGCCUUGUUUAUUUGUACAUGAUUCUGUUUUUUUUUUCCUUUGUAAGACAUUACACAUACGAAAACAACCAACUUCAAAAACAAAGUAAUA